AUACCGAAUGUUUAUGUUAAUUACACAAAUAUUGAUUAUACGAAACCUUGCCGCUUGCCAAAUUUGUUUACAAUCAUCAUUUGAUGUGAUUGACUGCAAUCACGGUCAAUAUACUCACUGUAAUGAGUUGAAAAUUUAAGGUUUUUGACUCCAAAACCUUACACGUGAUGUAAAUUCGCCGAUUUGUGAAUUUAUCAAUGCGCAAAUUGGCAAUAUUAUGUGUUACAGCGAUAAAUGCGUGCUAUCUAGAAUUAAUUACGAGCAGACCAACGCACAAUCGAGGAUAAUAUAAACAACAAACAUUCUAUUGCACACUGGGGCCGGCAGGGGAAGCUAUAAAUGAGUUUCUUUCGUUAGGAGUCAACAUUUGAUGUUUACGAGUAAAGAGUGAAGAAAUACUUAAGUGAUUUUAGUUAGAUAUAAAUAGUGCAAGACUGAUAAUUGUGUAAAUGUGUUUGUGAAACUGUUAUUGCAUCCAACGAUCCAACUAUUUAUAAACAAUGCAGUUUAUUAAUAGUGUUUAGUGUUUUGAUUGAUUAAACAAUCACAAAACGGAUAAAAAAUAGUUUAUUUUAUUAAUAUUAACUAGAAUAAUGGCGUUAGGACCAAAUUCAGUUAGAUCUUUGCUGUAUGGAAUAAAUUUUAUAUUUGUUUUAACAGGAAUUGUUUUAUGUGCUCAUGGAAUGGAAAACCUGUUCUUUUAUCGAAACUAUGCGAAUUUAGUUCAGGAACAAUACGUGUACAUUUCAUACUUUCAAAUUAUCGUUGGAUUGUUAAUUUGUGCGAUAGCAAUCGUUGGAUGGUAUGGUGCUAUCGCUGAAAGUUCAGUUGUUACUUUAAUGUUUUCUACGAGUUUACUCUUAAUAUUUUUCCUAGAGUUAUCAGUAGGCAUUGGCAGUUACUUCCUGAAUAUAACAACGCGUAAUUCUCUGAAUGCAUCACUGCGUCUGCCCAAUGGCACCAGUGAUUACACAAUGUUGUACAGAUGGGAGCGAUUGCAAACCGACUUUUCAUGCUGCGGUAUCGAAACCCCGUUGGAUUGGUUUACGCAAAAUGAAGAAGAUGUCUUACCAGUGCUCCCGGAUUCGUGUUGCUAUCAAAGUGAAUCGAGUUGGAAGAUCAGCGAUUGUUUUCCGAGAAAUUCUUACAGAACCGGAUGUUUUGUGCCCUUGGAAGCUGAAAUUCAAGAUAACUGUUUAAUGGUUAGUUUAAUAUGCUUUACAGUUGCAACAUUUCAGCUUUUAGGCAUCAUUUUAACUUGUUACUUAAGUGGAGAGUUCCGGAAAGAAUAUCAAAGCUUUUAAAACGGCUUAAUAUUAAUAAUUAGAUAUUUAUUUAUAAAAUUUAUUAAAGUAGGGACUCCGAUUCGACAAGAAAGAUGAAAAAAGAAAAGAAUCUAGAAAGCUGCGAAGAAAAUACUGGAAGACUCAAGCAUGUCUAAGCGGAGUAGAGGUCAGAAGCUUGCCUUGCUUCCCCCACUACUUUUUGCGGGUAGUCCGCAAGCGAGCGCGCAGUGCUUUCAAAAUUCCCUUUUCUCUUCGGAUCACCCUCAUGGGUCCACGCUCUCUGGUGUCGUUAAUUCCUCCAAAUCGGUCGACCCGAUCUCAAAUUUACAUAGCAAUUAAAUAAAAUGUAGCUUUAAAUCAA